CGCCCCGCCCCCCCCCCGCCCCCGCACCCUGGCUUCUGCUCGGCCCUCGGGGUUGGCCAGCCUCUAGGCCUGUCUUUUGCUCUGAAUCCUAUGUCAUUCUCUCCCUCUGGAGGUCUCUGGAGUCUCUCCCUAUCGCUGUUGCAUCUCCGUCCUAUCUCUGGGUUCUCGCUGAACCUGUCUCCUGCCGCCUGUCACCGUCUUUGUGUCUCUGUGACUCUCAUUUCCUUUUUCUGUCUCCUGCCCUCUCUUGUGGGAUUCCUUGUCUCUCUGCCCCUGCCCGCCCCCUCCUCGCUGAAGCCUGGGUCUCUGUGUCCCUUAGGGCCUGUCAGACCCUUCUCCUCUCCGGAGCCAUCAGGAGGAGAGCCAGGACUGGGCACAAGCCAGGGUCGAGACGAUGGCAGUGCCCAGCCUGUGGCCCUGGGUAGCAGGCCUGCUUGUCAACCUCCUCUCCUUGGGAUUUGGCCUGGACACACUAGAGGUGUGCCCCAGCCUGGACAUCCGCUCGGAGGUGGCAGAGCUGCGGCGGCUGGAGAACUGCAGUGUGGUGGAGGGUCACCUGCAGAUCCUGCUCAUGUUCACGGCCACGGGCGAGGACUUCCACGGCCUCAGCUUCCCGCGCCUCACCCAGGUCACCGACUACCUGCUGCUCUUCCGUGUCUAUGGGCUGGAGACCCUGCGCGACCUCUUCCCCAACCUAGCAGUCAUCCGUGGCGCCCACCUCUUCCUGGGCUAUGCGCUGGUCAUCUACGAGAUGCCACACCUGCGAGACGUGGGGCUGCCAGCGCUGGGGGCCGUGCUGCGGGGGGCCGUACGUGUGGAGAAGAACCAGGAGCUCUGCCACCUCUCCACCAUUGACUGGGGCCUGCUGCAGCCUGCACCUGGCGCCAACCACAUCGUGGGCAAUAAGCUGGGUGAGGAGUGUGCCGACAUGUGCCCUGGGGUGCUGGGUGCUGCUGGUGAGCCCUGUGCCAGGACCACCUUCAGCGGGCACACCGACUACAGGUGCUGGACCUCCAGUCACUGCCAGACAGUGUGCCCCUGUCCCCCGGGGCUGGCCUGCACAGCAGGGGGCGAGUGCUGCCACACUGAAUGCCUGGGGGGCUGCAGCCGGCCGGAAGACCCCCGUGCCUGUGUGGCCUGCCGCCACCUCUACUUCCAGGGCGCCUGCCACCGGGCCUGCCCUCCAGGCACCUACCAGCAUGAGUCCUGGCGCUGCGUCACAGCCGAGCACUGUGCCAGCCUUCGCUCUGUGCCCAGCCGUGCCUCCACCUUCAGCAUCCACCAGGGCAGCUGCCUGGCCCAGUGCCCUCCGGGCUUCACCCGCAAUGGUAGCAGCAUAUUCUGCCACAAGUGCGAGGGGCUGUGCCCCAAAGAAUGCAAGGUGGGCACCAAGACAAUAGACUCUGUCCAGGCGGCAAAGGAGCUGGUGGGCUGCACCCACGUGGAGGGGAGCCUCAUCCUCAACCUUCGCCAGGGCUACAACCUGGAGCCAGAGCUGCAGAGCAGUCUGGGACUGGUAGAGACCAUCACCGGCUUCCUCAAAAUCAAGCACUCCUUUGCCCUUGUGUCCCUGGGCUUUUUCAAGAACCUGAAACUCAUCAGGGGGGAUGCCAUGGUAGAUGGGAACUACACUCUGUACGUGCUGGACAACCAGAACCUACAGCAGCUGGGGCCCUGGGUGGCCGCCGGGCUCACCAUUCCCGUGGGCAAGAUCUACUUCGCCUUCAACCCGCGCCUCUGCCUGGAGCACAUCUACCGGUUGGAGGAGGUGACCGGCACGCGGGGGCGGCAAAACAAGGCGGAGAUCAACCCCCGCACCAACGGAGACCGAGCCGCCUGCCAGACUCGCACCCUGCGCUUCGUGUCCAGCGUAACCGAGGCCCACCGCAUCCUGCUGCGCUGGGAGCGCUACGAGCCGCUGGAGGCCCGCGACCUGCUCAGCUUCAUCGUGUACUACAAAGAGUCCCCAUUCCAGAAUGCCACAGAGCACGUAGGGCCAGAUGCCUGUGGGACCCAGAGCUGGAACUUGCUGGAUGUGGAGCUGCCCCUAAGCCGCACCCAGGAACCGGGGGUGACCCUCACCCCUCUCAAGCCCUGGACACAGUACGCAGUGUUUGUGCGGGCCAUCACGCUGACCACUGCUGAGGACAGCCCCCAUCAGGGAGCCCAGAGCCCCAUCAUCUAUCUGAGAACCCUGCCUGCAGUGCCCCAAGAUGUCAUCUCCACGUCCAACUCCUCCUCCCACCUGCUGGUGCGCUGGAAACCGCCCACCCAGCGCAACGGGAACAACACCUACUACCUGGUGCUGUGGCAGCGGCUAGCAGAGGACAGCGACCUCUACCUCAACGACUACUGCCACCGCGGUGUGCAGGGAGGAGGCGCGGGCCAGCGGGGUGGGGGCGUCGGGGCGCGGGCGCCGCCUGACCCUAUCUCCCUCCCGCCCGCCCGCGCGCCAGGCCUGCGGCUGCCCUCCAGCAACAGCGACCCCCGCUUCGACCGCGAAGACGGGGAUCCCGGGGUCGAGGUGGAGACCGGCUGCUACCCGUGCCAGCACCCACCUCCCGGGCAGGCCCUGCCCCCGCUGGAAGCGCAAGAGGCCUCGUUCCAGAAGAAGUUUGAAAACUUUCUACACAACGCCAUCACCAUCCCCAAAUCCCCUUGGAAGGUGACAUCCAUCAACAAGAGCCCCCAAAGGGACUCGAAGCGGCACCGCCGGGCCGCGGGGGCGCCCAAGCUAGCGGCGAAUAGCUCGGAUUUCGAGAUUCAGGAGGACAAGGUGCCCCGGGAGCGAGCGGUGCUGAGCGGCCUGCGUCACUUCACGGAAUAUCGGAUCGACAUCCACGCCUGCAACCACGCCGCGCACACAGUGGGCUGCAGCGCGGCCACCUUCGUCUUUGCGCGCACUAUGCCCCACAGAGAGGCUGAUGUUAUCCCAGGGAAGGUGGCCUGGGAGGAGGCCAGCAAGAGUAGUGUCCUCCUCCGCUGGCCUGAGCCCCCGGAUCCCAAUGGACUCAUCCUCAAGUAUGAAAUCAAGUACCGCCGCUUGGGAGAGGAGGCCACAGUGCUUUGUGUGUCCCGCCUGCGAUACGCCAAGUUUGGGGGGGUCCACCUGGCCCUGCUGCCCCCUGGAAACUACUCUGCCAGGGUUCGGGCAACCUCACUGGCUGGCAACGGCUCCUGGACUGACAGUGUCGCUUUCUACAUCCCCAGCCCAGAGGAGGAAGACUCUGGAGGGCUGCACAUCCUCCUCACAGUCACCCCGAUGGGGCUCAUGCUGCUCAUCAUUCUUGCUGCCCUUGGUUUCUUCUACGGCAAGAAGAGACACAGCACCUGGUAUGCCUCUGUGAAUCCGGAGUACUUCAGCGCCUCUGAGAUGUACGUCCCUGACGAGUGGGAGGUGCCUCGGGAGCAGAUCUCCAUAAUCCGGGAACUAGGCCAGGGCUCCUUCGGGAUGGUAUACGAGGGACUGGCACGAGGACUUGAGACUGGAGAGGAGUCUACUCCCGUGGCCCUGAAGACGGUGAAUGAACUGGCCACCCCCCGGGAACGCGCUGAGUUCCUCAAGGAGGCCUCUGUCAUGAAAGCAUUCAAGUGUCACCACGUGGUACGCCUCCUGGGUGUGGUGUCCCAGGGCCAGCCAACUCUGGUCAUCAUGGAGUUAAUGACCCAUGGGGACCUCAAGAGUCACCUUCGAUCUCUGCGACCCGAGGCAGAGAACAACCCCGGGCUCCCACGGCCGGCACUGGGAGACAUGAUCCAGAUGGCUGGUGAGAUUGCAGAUGGCAUGGCCUACCUAGCUGCCAACAAAUUUGUGCACCGAGACCUGGCAGCCCGCAACUGCAUGGUGUCCCAGGACUUCACCGUCAAGAUCGGGGACUUCGGGAUGACUCGGGACGUGUAUGAGACAGAUUAUUACCGCAAGGGUGGGAAGGGGCUAUUGCCCGUGCGCUGGAUGGCCCCUGAGUCCCUCAAAGACGGAAUCUUCACCACCCACUCGGAUGUCUGGUCCUUCGGCGUGGUGCUCUGGGAGAUCGUGACCCUGGCUGAGCAACCCUACCAGGGCCUGUCCAACGAGCAGGUACUCAAGUUUGUCAUGGAUGGUGGAGUCCUGGAGGAGCUGGAGGGCUGUCCUUCUCAGCUGCAGGAGCUGAUGUGCCGCUGCUGGCAGCAGAACCCGCGCCUGCGCCCAACCUUCACCCACAUCCUGGACAGUAUACAGGGGGAGAUGCAGCCCUCCUUCUGCCUGCUGUCCUUCUAUCACAGCCCCAAGUGCCGGGGUGGCCGCGGCUCCCUGCUGCCCACUGAUGCAGAGCCUGACUCCCCUGCAGCCCCAGGAGGGGCUUCGUCAGACUGCAGCUCCCGAAACGGGGGUCCUGGGCGCUGAAAGAUGCCCCAUUCCCUGACUGACUGGCCUCCCAUGGGCAGAGAGGAAGGGACCUGACCUUUGCAGCCCUGAGAGCUCCAGAUGCUCACACCCCCACCCCACGUCCCAACAGCCCACGGAGGGGCAGGGAGCAGGAACAGGAGAGGCUGGGGAUGGGGCAGUCAGAGCUACUCAUCGCAGGAAAGAGCUUCUCAGGAUUUGUCAUCUCCAUAAGAAAGCAGGAUUACCGCAGGAGGAAUGGAGAUUAGACCAUGGGCAAGACUCCCUGGUCCUCAGAGUGAGAGACCCUGCUGAGACUAGGAAGAGAGAACCUGCCCUCAGCUUUGGGUCUCCUCUGGACAUCUGGGGCCAUAACACGUUCUGAAACCAGAUGAGCCAUGGGAACCUUCCGUCCAGGUUUUGGAGGUGGGCAGUGGGGCAUCCAAAUGACUGCCCUUCUCACCACUCCUACCCUCCGCCCCAUACACCAGCUGGUGUGGGGGGAUCCCAGGGACCUGGGUGAGCAGGUUCCCAGCCUGUCCCGGGCAGGCCUGCCCUCACCUCCACUCAUCAAUCAGCUCUUCCCUCACCCUGCCCCACCCAGGGACCCCCAGCUUGGUGCUCUUCCUUCCUUUUCCCAGGGGCAUCCCUUGGUGCAGUUCACCCCUUUUCCCAGUCUUUUCCCCACAAUCUCCCUCACACCCUUGGAUUAUUAAGGCCUUAAGAGCCUUGUCUUCCUUCCUGCUCCCCACCCCCUGCCUCUCAGCCUCUCAUGGGAAGACUGGAGAAGUCACAAUAAAUAGCGAGGUCUGUUUGUACCCUGGUCUCAGGCAGCCCAUUAUCUCUCCAUCUAUAUGGUGUUAACACGGAAUGAACUUCCUCUCUCCCUCCCUGGGGACCUGGGGUGGUGACCCUAAAGCAGUGAUACAGGGUCAGUACACUGCUGUCAGACCCCACCUCCUUGAGGACCUGAGCAGCCAGGGUUGCCAUGGCAGUGGAACAGGACAAUCUCCAGGUGGCCAGAAGUGAUUGAGCCCGGUGGGGAACCUUUGCGUCUGGCCUCCCAGCCUUACCAACAAGUCCCCCACACCUCAUUUUAUUUUGCUAUUUCCACUGGGUAGGGCAUUUUCCGGGAUAUCACAGGACAGACUCUAAGUGGGCAGUAUAUGGGGGUGUGGGAGGGGUCCCGUUGGCAUCACCAAUCCAUGUCAGAUGUCCCCCACCCAUCCAAGACAGGGGACACACAUCAGAGGAGAGUCCAGGUGUCCAGCUCCCUAUGGUUGUUCUAGGAGGCCCACAAGCUGAGAGCCCUUGAGGCUUGGUGGAGGGGGUCCAGGGGAAUCAGUUUGUGCCAGUACCAUGAGGGCAUUUGAAGUGGACAAGGUGCAGAAUGACUUACAAUCUUGGAGAAGGAGGUGGCAGCAGGAGGAGCUGAUUGUGGCUCGGGUCGUUUAGCAUCCUGGAGCAGCCAUAGCUCCUGCGCUGCCGCACACGCACCAGGUCUAGGGAGAUUUGCACCUGGGUGCUCUCAGCAGCUGUGCCACAAACUGCAGCCCCUUAAGAAGAGUGGCCUGAGCGGAGUGGACAUGAAUGUGGCGAGAAUGUGGGCGAGGCCGUCUCAGGCAGCAGCAACUACAACUCACAGCCCCCUGCUGAGGGGCAGGGGGUGGGCAGCAAGGACCACCGGCCAGGCACCGCAGCCCUGCCCAGCCCCUGACGCACAAGUGGCUGAAGCAACAGUGACCCCUAAUGGCUGCUGGAUAGGGUCACAGUUUAGAGAGAAAGCUGGGGCGGUGGGUCUCUCUUCCCUUCUGCAACUUGUCUUCAAGGCCUUGGCUUAGCUCCAGGAGAGUGGAAAGCAGAAGGGACGCUGCACAGAAGCCCUGGAUCUGAGGCCCGCACACUCACACAGAGCACACGGGAACACCUGAACUCACACAGGCCCUGAUGAGAGCAAAUGGGGUCAAUCGCUCUCCUCACCACCCCUGCUCCUAACCUUCACUGUGCUGGACAGGGCAUGUUCAGGAAGUGCCGGUCAUCUGGACACACAAGGGCUUAAUUUAAGGAAGAGAUUGUGAAUCAAAGGAGGGAGGGCCUUAGAGAUCCACUGUCUGGCUUCAUCUCUAAAGAUGAGCAGGUGAUCACUGGUCCAGAAGAACUUUUUGGAGAAUGGUGUAGGGAUGCUAGAAGACAGUUAUCCAUGUCCUAGAAAAGAAAUAGAAUUAACAAGGCAGCAAGAAAUCUCCCUGGCAACAUAGAAUAUGACUCCUGGGGAGGAAUGUAGA